AGUCGAGAACAGGAAUGUGCUACACCUAGAUCAGUAGAUGCAGUGCCUCACGAUUCCACGUCGAGUUUUGACUGCAUGUAGUGCUAGGUCAUGGGCUUUCGCAAGAUCGCUUUGUAGUACAGAGUGAGACUGUGAGUGUGCCUGGCCUGAAGCUGAAAUCGUAACAGUUUCUGCUGAAAAGGUUCUUGUAUUUCCACGAACACGAAGGUAGACCAACAAGUGUGACACACGAGUGAGGGAUCUCGGCGAAUCGAAGAGGAUAUCACGUUAGGAAUUCUCAGUAUUGCUUUAGUUCAUUCUGUGUGAUGGACGAGCAGGUGAAGGAUACAUUCUUUGGUGAACUGCGUUCCCUGGCGCGGAGGGUCGAGAAGGGUCGCCAAGAGCUGCAAGACUCGCUCGAAGCAGACACGGAAUCCACCGAACAGCUAGACAACUUGAGAACCAUAUUGACGGAUGCGUCUACCUUGAAGACAAACUGUGUGAACGACUUGUCGGCCGCCAACUCUACGCACGCAGAGCAUAACCAGGCGCUGACGGCUUGCCGAAGCACGCUGGAACGAUGUCGCCAAGGACUGGAGUCGGCAAUCAGCUUCCUGGAGCAAUAUGGAUACGAUCGAGGAAGCUUGAACGAGCCUACACCCUCAUCUCCCCCUACAACUGUUGCUUGCCCAACAACUCCGACGCCUGACGUGUCGAAUGUGGAGCGUGUACAAGACACGGCGGCUGCGGCGGACAAUAGCACACCUACGCUAGAACGUGCCGGCAUCUCCGCGCACACCCUGGCCACGCUACGCCGUGGCAAUCAGGCGCAUCAGGCACGUACGCACGCAGCCGAGAUUGCCAGCAUGCCAUCGUCAGUGGCACCGUCAGCAGUAGCUCCGCGCACCCGUCCGCCGAUUCAUCACACGCCGAACAGCGAUGAUUUGGACCGAAUGGUGGCGCAGCUCAACAUUGAGUCGGUUCAUGUCCUUGGGCCAAUGCAACGCACUGGCUUGGCGUCAGCAGCCACCCAUCAGCAUCAUGGCGCCACCAUGACGUCGAUGGCUGGGUUUUCGGGCAUGCCGAUGUCGGACUCUCUUGGGGACAACACCAUGCACAUCAUCGGCAAUUCUGGAGCUUCCGAUCCGUACCAAACUCCGCUUUCUCAACAUCCGCGAUAUACUGGGGCGAGCAUGUCCUCAGCAUUCACCAAUCAGUCUCAGCAGCCGUCACAUCACCAGAUGCCCGGGCACCUUGUGUCAGCAGGUAUUCCGUACAAUGGUGCUGCAUCAGUGCAGCCUACACCGGCACAACCGAGCCAGAUCAAUAGUGCAUUCACCCCUGGUCAAACGAUGGAUUCUUCCAUGAUGCAUGCGUACUCAGCAGCGCCAGGCUUGGAUCCUGAGACGCCCCGGCCGUCAACAGUGCAGCAUAGCAGAGAAUCUUACGCAGACCCUGCAUCGUACUACACAACACCAUCCACGUCAUCCUCCGCAUUCAACACAGCUUCACGGCACUGUCAUUCCUCAGCGGCGGCUACUCAAGCGCAAACGGCAACGGCGGGUGCGUCUGCGACCGAUCCAAGUGCGUUUGGCAUUGCAAUGCCUGACAUUCAAAGUGUGAGUGUUCUGCCACCAGGAGCGCGUGCUAGUACAGCCGCUGUUGCUCACUCUACUGAUGCGGGUAUGGGCGACGCGGACCGUACUCUCACCAGCUUCACCACUGCCACUGGUCAUGUGGACCUUGCCGUCGACACGCCGCAACCUUCAGGCAGUGCCGGCAUGUCACAGAUCAGAACGGUCACCGAGGGCGAGUACCUGAGCAUGCCGGAAUACCUACGCUAUCAGCUGACGUAUCAGCUGAUCUGUGAUGUGGUCAUGGCGAUCAAUCAUCUCACUCGACACCCUCGGGGAGAUGUUCCAGCCGGCCACUUCACGGUGAAUGAGUUACGCUCUAUGCCGAACGUGGGUAGUAAGGCACAGUGCACUUAUUUGGUCUUAUCCAAGCUUUCGCGAAUCCAGUCGGCACCUGGCUAUGUCGAACAAACGUUCACCGUCAUCUGAACUCCCACUGGACAUUCAACAUCUCUUUCCUGGACAUUCCAGGGCGGUUUUGUAUCAUUAUUUUCUUACUUUCCUGUGGUCGACAACCACAACGGCCAAUGUGCUUGACAAUGUGCUACCUUUAUCUUUAUCCAGCAUCAUCAGCAUCAUCAUCAUCAUCAUCAUCAUCAUCAUCAUGAGAAAAGCCUCUUUUACGGGCAAAGC